AUGUCGUCGGAGAAACAGGAGACGGCGUCGGUGCGCGUGCUGGGCAGGUGGCCGAGCCCGUUCGUGAUCCGGGUGCUGAUAGCUCUUGGGCUCAAGGGCGUGGACCACGAGCUCGUGGAGGAGGCCGUGGGCAACAAGAGCGAGCUGCUGCUCGCCUCCAACCCCGUGCACAAGAAGAUCCCCGUGCUCCUGCAGCACGGCAGGCCCGUCUCCGAGUCCCUCAUCAUCGUCCAGUAUGUCGACGAGGCCUGGGCCUCCCAAGCCCCGGCGCUCCUCCCGUCCGAUCCCUACGCCCGGGCGGCCGAGCGGUUCUGGGCCCAGUACGUCGACGACAAGUUCCCUACGGCGAUCCGCGUCCUGAGGGGAAGGCUGGACGGAGACAAGGACGAAGCGGCGGCUCAGGUGUGCGCCGCUCUGCAGCACCUGGAGGUGGCCUUCGCCGACUGCAGCCAAGGGAAGGAUUACUUCGGCGGCGACGGCGUGGGUUACCUGGACAUUGCUCUGGGGUCGCACCUCGGAUGGAUCAGGGCGGUAGAGAGGAUCGCUGAAAUCAGGCUGCUCGACGCGGCCAAGGUUCCUAAGCUGGCCGCCUGGGCGGAUCGGUUCUGCGCCCACCCGGCGGUGGCGGACGCCAUGCCUGAGGUGGACAGGUUCGUGGAGUUCAGCGUCAAGAAUGACGGCGCUGUGAAGGCGGCUAGUGCUAAUUACAAGUGA